CUCGGAUUUUUUGAUUGCGCAACUGUGUUUUGGGGACGUGUCAACAAAAGGCUUGCCAACUAGACAAAACAACAUUGAAAUUGAAAAUUAUUCCAGUUGUUUCGAGCUGGAAAAGCUAUAGAAAUUGUCAAGAGAUGGAGCUAAAAACGGUUAUUCUAAUUGGUGGACCGCAAAAAGGAACAAGAUUUCGACCGUUGUCGCUCGAGUUGCCCAAACCAUUAUUCCCUAUAGCAGGCUGUCCUCUAAUUCAACACCACAUGGAGGCAUGCUGCAAGGUACCCAACAUGAAAGAGAUCAUCUUGAUUGGCUAUUACCAACAAAACGAGUCAUUGUCAAGGUUUAUUGCAUCCAUGCAACAAGAAUACAAAAUACCUGUCCGCUAUUUACAAGAAUUCCAACCCUUGGGAACAGUUGGUGGUCUAUAUCAUUUUCGAGACCAAAUCAUGCUUGGAAAUCCUGAUGCGCUUAUUGUCCUUUAUGCUGACAUAAGCUCGGACUUUCCACUUAAAGAAAUGUGGGAAUUCCACAAAGCACACAAUCAUGGCAAACACACAGUCUUGGGAACAGAGUCUGCCCCAAAUCAAGCUUCCGAUAAUGGUGUUAUGGUUGAGGACCCAAAAACUCAUCAAUUACUACAUUAUGUGGAGAAGCCAGAGACUUAUGUGAGCAGUUUAAUUAACUGUGGAGCUUACAUUUUUUCCCCAACAAUAUUCAAUGCACUGAAAGCCUUAAGAGAAAGAAAUGUUGAACAAUCUAGCGAACAAGUGAAUACAAACAAUGUUGGCAGAAUCAUGAUGGGCGAGCAAUUGAUGCCAUAUCUAGCAGGACAAUCUCUCGUGUAUGUUUUCAAAACGGACAACUUCUGGACAGUGUUGAAGAGUGCAGGGUCAGCAAUAUUCGCGAACAAAAACUUCUUAGAUUUGUAUAAAACAGCACAUCCUAAACGUCUCACCUCAAAUGAUGAAAACAAACCAACAAUAAUAGGAGAUGUUUACAUCCAUUCCACAGCAACUAUUGAUCAUUCAGCUGUCAUUGGACCAAAUGUAUCAAUAGGCAGUGGGGUAAUUAUUGGGCCUGGUACUAGAAUUAAAGAUGCUAUCAUUUUGGAUAAAGCAGAAAUCAGGGAACAUUGCUGUAUUUUGUACAGUAUAGUUGGCUGGAAUUGUGUGAUUGGUGCAUGGUCCAGGAUUGAAGGCACCAAAUUUGAACCCAAUCCCAAUGAACCACAUGCUCGUUUGGCAAGCGAAUCCUUGUUUCAAAAAGAUGGACGCUUGAUCGCAUCCACCACAGUCCUUGGUCGCAAUGUCACAAUCAAUCCUGAGCUUGUGAUCCGAAACUCCAUCGUUCUACCUUACAAGGAAAUUUCAUCAAGCUUCAAGAAUGAAAUUAUCUUAUGAAAUCAUGAUUUUCUUUACUUGCAACACGAUGAAGCAGAUGUUCUAUACAAUGCCAGCUUUUCUUUAAGAAGACUUCUACUGCAAUACAUAUGAUAUAAAUCAUGGUUGAAGAACCACAAAGAUAGCCCUUGAAGAAAUUUUUGAUGUUGACAUUUAGACAUAAUUCAUUAUGAAUUUGAUAAACCAAAUGAAAUAUAUAUUACAAAUUAAAAACUGAAAAGAGUCCUUA